AUGCGGGGCUGCUGGCAGCUGUACGUGCUCCCCUGGGCGGCGCUGGCCCUGCAGGGCGCCUGGCCGGGGCCGGGGCCGGGGCCGGGGCCGGCGCGCCGCGACCUCGGGGACGACGUCCUUGACCUGCUGGAGGCGCUCAACAUCAGCCGCUCGGUGCCAGGCGUCACCAAGUCCAAGGGCCCCGAUCCAGGAAUCCCGGCCUGGAAGUUCCGCCGGCGGGUGCCCCCACUCACCCUGCCCUGGGAUUACUCCGUCUACCUGCUGUCCACGGUGCAGGCUGCCCUCGGGUUCCACUUCGUGGCCCGCCAGAGCCCUGGCUCGGAGGGGACUCUCAUUUCCCUGGCCUCCCCAGCGGCCUCUGAGCGGGACGGGCGGCCCCUCUUGCAGCUGGUGUCCAGCACCCAGGAGAACCGGCUGAGGCUGGAGUACCGGGCUGCGCAUGACAUGGAGCCAGCCUCGCUGACCUUCCCCGGCGGCACCCCCUUCUCCCAUGGCCGCUGGGUGCAACUGGCCCUCAACCUGGAGCCCCGGCGCAUCUCCCUGUUCGUGGGCUGCCAGGAGCCCUUCGUCUUGGAGAAGAGCAGCAGGAGGCACCUGCUGAGCCUCCUGCUACCCCUCGAUCUGCAGAUCACCUUUGCCAGCUUGGCUGGAGACGAGACCAGCAAGUUCCUGGGCACCUGGCAGACGGCCGAGAUCUCGCCCCACGGCUUCCCCCACCGCCCCUGGCACUGUGAGAAUCUGCCAGGUAAGAGUCCCAAUCCAGAUUGCACGCCAGCAUUCCCAGGGCUGGGUGGGGCUGGAUGUUCCCUGUCACGGGCGGGGCUGGACCGGUUCUCUCGGCCCUACACUCUGCCUGCGGAGCAGUAUGUCAGUCUGCCGGAGGGACCUUCCCUCGAGCUGGACUCCUCGCCACCCUUUGAGCCGUUGGCCCUGGCAGAUGCCCACUACUACCAGCAGGAGCCCAGCCAGCGGGAUUUCCCACCUCCGGGGUCUGCACCGUCCAGUGUGGCCAGCCCGGAGGAGCGGAUCCAGAGACUGGAGGAGCUGGUCGAGGGACUGGGGACGAUGCUGGACAUGGUGAAGGAGCAGAAUUCUGACCUGCUGGGCCGGGUGAAGUCCCUGGAGCUCUGCGAGUGUCGGCGGCUGACCUGCUUUGCGGAUGGGCGGCAUUACGAGGAGGGGGCUUCCUGGGACCAAGACCCGUGCAUCUCCUGUGUGUGUGUGCGAGGCCAGGCUGAGUGCAGUUUGCAGCCCGACCGGAUGCACUGCCUGGGUGAGGAAAUGCCUGGCCCCCUCCCUUUCCUGCCCCACCCCAAGAAACCCCCCUUCCUACACUCACAAACACGAUUGCAGCUUCCCCAGGAGAUAUUUCUUCUUUCCUCGCAUGCACUGCAUUUCAUCAGUUGCACUUUUCCCUUGAACCACUUCUCUCCAGGGAGAAGUUCAACAGGUGCACCUUUUCCCCGCCCUCCCAUGAUUUCCGUCCUCCCUGCAGGCUGUGCUGAUGGGAGGAAAGAAGGUGAGAGCUGGACGCCGGAUCCCUGUCGGAGAUGCCAGUGCAAGGAUGGCAGAGUCACCUGUGAAUUGGAAGAUUGCCCCCCAGUGCCGUGCCAGCAUCCUGCCACCCCUGUGGACCGGUGUUGCCCUGAGUGUGGGGACUGCCUGUACCAGGGGCAGCUGCUGAAGGACAGAGGCGGCUUCCUGGAGGAUCCAUGCACCCACUGCACCUGCGAGGCAGGCACAGUCCGGUGCCAAGUGACUGAAUGCCCGCAGCUUUUGUGCCAGGACCGCUACACGCCAGCUGGGCAGUGCUGUCCCAGUUGCCGUCAAGGCUGCGAGUACGAAGGACAGCAACACCCGGACGGGGAUGUCUUCGUGGCCGCUUCCAACCCCUGCUUGAAUUGCUCCUGCCUGGGAAGCCUGGUGCAAUGCCACCCCAUCCAGUGCCCGCCAGCCCUCUGCGUUGCACCCAUCCCGCAGCCAGGCCAGUGCUGCCCCACCUGUUCCGCUUGUGAGCUGGACGGGCAUCCCCUGGAACCUGGGCGGCAGGUCCUCUCGGCCGACGGAUGCCAACGCUGCUCCUGUUCUGAUGGGAAACUUCUCUGCUCCCAGAUCCCAUGCCCAGAGCUGGACUGUUCCAAUCCAGAGGAGAUGCCCAGAGAAUGUUGCCCCCGAUGCCAGGGUUGUGUGGAUGGAACGGCCAGACACGAACACGGGGAAGAGUGGACGCCUCCCACGGACCCCUGCCUGAAGUGCAAGUGCCUGGAGGGCAAUGCCAUCUGCAAACGGAGGCACUGCGCCAGUCUGUGCCGCCACCCUGCCCGCCCUCGCCCAGGCACCUGCUGCGCCAUCUGCGAUGGCUGCCUUUGGGGGGGACGCGAGUACCGCAGUGGCGACCCCGUGCAGAGCGAGGACCCCUGUGAGCGCUGCAGUUGCGUGGCCGGCGAGGUCUCUUGCAGACGGGUGGACUGCCCGCCCGUCCCCUGCAGCCACCCUGGCAAGCGUCCAGAGCAGUGUUGUCCCACCUGUGAUGCCUGUGAAUUUGAAGGGCAGUGGUACCCGAACAAGGAGACCUUCGCCCCUGCCGAGGGAGGCCCCUGCCUGCACUGCCAGUGCUUGGACGGGCAUGUCCAGUGCCAAGAGCAGCUGUGUCCCCCAGCGCCAUGCUCCCAGCCGCUCCAGGACCCAGAACGCUGCUGUCCGGUAUGCACAGGGUGUGUUUUCGAGAACCUCGAGUUUGAAGAUGGCACCGAGUGGGUGCCAGCGGGAGACCCCUGCAGCGUCUGCACCUGCCUCCUGGGGGAGACGGUGUGCCAUGCCCACCAGUGCCCCCCAGUCGCCUGCCAGCACCCGGCCCGGCUUCUCGGGUCCUGCUGUCCCCGGUGCCAUCAGUGCUUCUACCACCAGCACCUCUACAGCCACAAUCAAGAGUUCACCGAUCCAGACAGUCCCUGCCAGAGCUGCCGGUGUAUGGGCGGCACAGUCCAUUGCUCACCCACUGUUUGUCCGCCAGUGACUUGCCCCCACCCAGAGCGGAGGCCUGGAUCCUGCUGCCCCACAUGCCCUGACUGCCUUCAUGAGAACCGUGUGGUGCCCGAGGGAGAGGAGAUCCCCAACCCGCUGGAUCCUUGCCAGGCCUGUCUCUGCACUGGCGGGGAGCUGGUCUGCGCCCCCCGGAAGUGCUCGGCUCCCCUCUGCGCCCACCCCUUGCCCGGCUCCUGCUGCCAGAACAACUGCAACGGCUGUAGCUACACUGGAAAGCAGUACCCCAACGGAGCAGAGUUCCCGCACCCCACAGACAGUUGCCGGCAGUGCCACUGCAUUAACGGCCACGUGCAGUGCCUCUCCCGCCGAUGCCCGCCCCUGCUCUGCCCCGAGCCCUUCGUGAAGCCCCGAGAGUGCUGCCCCCAGUGUCCAGCCCCUCCAGCUGGCUGCCUUUACUUGGGGGUCUCCUACAAGCACCUAGAGCGCUUCUACGACCCAUCGGAGAAGUGCCGGAACUGCGUCUGCGCCAACGGCACCAUCACUUGCCAGCGCCAGCCCUGCAUGCCAGCCCCGUGCUCCCACCCGCUGCAACAGGGCUGCUGCCGCUCCUGUGAUGGCUGCCUUUACCAAGGCAAAGAGCUGCCCAACGGGGAGCAGUUUGCAGACCCCCGAGACCCCUGCCGCCUCUGCUCCUGCUGGGAAGGGAGCGUGGUCUGCAAGCGCAAGACCUGCCCUGCAGCCGAGUGCCCGUUCCCGGUCCCUGGGCCCUGCUGCAAGAGCUGCAAAGGGUGCAAAUACGUCUCCUUGAGCUACCUGAAUGGGCAGGAGUUCCCGGACCCCCAGGAUGCCUGCGGUGUCUGCACCUGCCUGGACGGCUCCGUCAGCUGCACGAAGAAACCCUGCUUCCGGGCACACUGCAGCCACCCGCUCCAGAGGCCCGGGGAGUGCUGCCCUACGUGCCAGGACUGCGCCCUUAAUGGGGUCACUGUGGCCAACGGUCAAGCCGUUCCCGAUCCGGAAGACCCUCUCUGCUCUCAGUGCACCUGCCAGGCAGGCUCAGUCCAUUGUAUGAAGAAGCUCUGCACCCCAGCCAGCUGUGCCCAUCCUGUGCCCGGCCCAUGCUCCUGCCCCCUGUGCCAGGGCUGCAGGUUCCAGGGCCAGGACUACGGGGAGGGAGACAGCUUUGCUUCCCACCACCAGCCCUGCGAGGAAUGCCAGUGCCUGAGAGGCAACGUCUCCUGCAGGCCCCGGCCGUGCCCCCCGCCCCUCUGCCCCCACCCGUCCCACGACCCCUGCGGCUGCCCCACCUGCGGGGCCUGCAGCUUCCACGGACGAGACCACGAGGAGGGGGAGCGCUUUCCUGACCCCCGGGAGCCCUGCAGCCGCUGCACCUGCCUGCGUGGCACGGUGAAGUGCUCUCCCGUGCCGUGUCCUCCCACGCCCUGCCAGGAGCCCGUCACACCACCCGGCCAGUGCUGCCCCAAAUGCACGGGCUCCUGCCGCCACCACGGGCAGCUCUACAAGAGCGGGGAGGCAUUCACGUCGCCCCAGGAUGCAUGCCACGAGUGUACUUGCCUGGCUGAAAUGGUGACCUGCCAGCCAAAGCCUUGCCCGCAGCAGUGUACCCACCCUGUGCCCCCAGCCAGGGCCAUCUGCUGCCCCCUCUGCGAUGGCUGUCUUUACGAGGGCCAGAAGUACACCAACCAACAAGCCUUCACGCCACCCUCUGACCCCUGCCAGCGCUGCCGCUGCCUGCGGGGCAACGUGCUCUGCGCCCCCGUGGGGUGUCCACCAGCACCGUGUACCAGUACCAGUCGCAGGCCUGGCCAGUGCUGCCCUCAGUGCCCAGUGUGCCAGCAUGCAGGCCAGGAGUACCCCGAAGGCUCCCAGUGGCCCUCACCUUUGGACCCCUGCCAGCAGUGCUCCUGUGGGCCUGGCAGGGAAGCCUCUUGUGAGCCGGUGCCCUGCGAAGCUGCGCUCUGCUCCCACCCGGCUCCAGGACCCUGCUGCCCACAGUGCCACGACUGCUUCUUUGAAGGGGAGCGCUAUGCCCAUGGGCAGGCCUUCCAGCCCGAGUCGUGCCUCCGGUGCACCUGCCAGGACGGGAACGUCCACUGCGAGGUGAUCGCCUGUCCUCCUGCAAUGUGUGCCCACCCGGUGACAGAGCCAGGAAUCUGCUGCCCCCGUUGCAAAGGUUGUGUGCACAAGGGCCAGGAGCGGGCCGACGGCAGCAGCUGGUUUUCUCCCGCGGAGCCCUGCCAGGCCUGCCUGUGCGUGGACGGCGUGGUAACCUGCACCCGGAUUGUCUGCGUGAGCCCCUGCCCCGCUCAGCUGGGAGUGCCAGGGGAGUGCUGCCCGGUGUGUGCAGACUGCAGUCACAAGGGCCGCGAGUACGGGCCGGGUGAGAGUUUCCAGCCUGGAGAAGACCCCUGCGAAAUCUGCACCUGUCAGCUAAUGUCUGACGGCCAUCAGCACCUGCGAUGCCACCGCAAACAGUGCCCGAGCCUGCUGGACUGCUCCCAGGACCAGAUCCAGCCCCCGGGGCCUGGUGCCUGCUGCCCGGCCUGUGCCCAAGCCCUCAGCAACUGCACCACCGACCUGGUGGGCAACGAGGUCCAGGCCACCCAGGCGCCCUGCUACACCUGUAUGUGCCAGGAUUUGACCUGGGUCUGUGUGCACCAAGGAUGCCCACUGCUGAGCUGCCCCAUCGCUGAGCACUUCACUCUGCCAGGUUCCUGCUGUCCAAUCUGUGACGAAUGCACGAUCGAGGCAGACGGACGGCGCGUGUCCGACGGGGAGACCUGGAAGGACAGUGCCGACAGCUGUGUGUCCUGCUCAUGCAACCUGGGACACGUUGAGUGCCACAUCCAGGAAUGUCUGCCCUUGUCGUGCCAGGAUGGCCUGGUGGAGGUGCGGGUGCCUGGGCAGUGCUGCGCAGAAUGCCAAGAUCCCAGCAGGAGCUGCUCGCAGCUGGGCCAGCUGUUCCACUCCAAGCAGCACUGGCAGGUGGACGAAUGCACCUCCUGCGCCUGCGUGUCCGGCCAGGUGCACUGUCGCCGGAAGCGCUGCCCCCCCUCCACCUGCGCCGCUGAUGAGACUCCGGCCCUGAUCCCCGGGGUAUGCUGCCCCCGCUGCGUCCCGCAUCCCGCCACCUGCGUGGCCUUUGGUGACCCCCACUACCAGACUUUCGACGGCAAAAUGGUCCACUUCCAGGGAGGCUGCACGUACGUCCUGGCCCAGGAUUGCAACGGGGGGGACUUCAGCAUCCACGUGACCAACGACGAUCGCGGCCGCCCGGGUGUGUCCUGGACCAAGGAGGUGGCUGUGCUGAUCGGGGACACCAUGGUGCAGCUGCUGCAGGACCAUGUGGUUGUGGUAGACUCCCAGACGGUGGCCCUCCCCUUCCUGAAGGAGCCCCACCUCUCUGUGGAGCGAAAGGGCAGCACCCUGCUGCUGAACACCAACAUUGGCAUCAAGGUGCUCUGGAAUGGCCGCUCACACCUAGAAGUCAGCGUGCCCGGCACUUACAAAGGGCACCUGUGCGGACUUUGUGGCAACUUCAACAGCUACCCCCAGGACGAUCUGCGGAUGCGGUCGGGGCAGCUGAGCCUGUCGGAAGCCGCCUUUGGCAACAGCUGGAAGGUGGCCGGUGCCAACGCUGCAGGGCCGGAUCGCUGCGUCGACGGGCUGGACGCAGACCCCUGCAAGGAGUCUGGGUACCGCUCCCGCAAAGAGGCCAAUGCCCGUUGCAAGGUGCUGAAGUCGCCCCCGUUCGAGCGCUGCCACGCCGUGGUGUCCCCGGAGCCCUUUUUUGCCUCCUGCGUGUACGACCUCUGCGCCUGCGGGGCCGCCAACAGUGACGACUGCCUCUGCGAGGUCCUGGAGGCCUACGCCAGCCAGUGCCGCCACGCUGGCUUGGCACUCCAGUGGCGCUCAGCUACCCUCUGCGCUGUGGGCUGCCCCCAAGACCGGGGCUACGUGUUUGACGAGUGUGGCCCCCCCUGCCCCAAGACCUGCUUCAACCAUGCUGUGCCCCCAGGCGUGCUGGAGUCCCACUGCUUUAAGCCCUGUGUGCCAGGGUGCCAAUGCCCAGCAGGCAUGGUGGAACACGAGGCACACUGCAUCCUCCCGGAGGCCUGUCCACCCAUCAUCCACGGCACCCUCUGA